CCCUCAUCUUUUACACGAGAUUCUGUUUCAAUUGACAAGUACCCAACCGUGGGCGAGUACGAGAAACGCUUCUUGAACUCCGGUGGUUUUAUGGGUCCUGCUGGUGAUCUUCUUCAAAUGAUUAGCUACAAAUCGAUAAAAGAUGAUGAAGACGAUCAACUAUUCUACACACACAUAUUCCUUGACGAGAAGCUGCGGUCUACUUACAGCAGCAAGUUAUGUGUUUUCGUGGACUAA